AUGCGCAAAACUCUUCAAUCUCCCCUUGCGCGGCUACCCGCCACAGCUGCGAGGACUCAAAGCCUGCCUCUUGCACAGCUCCGCCGAGGGGUAUCCACACAAUCGCCUGUGCGACCGCACCCCGCGCGCCCUGCGCACCCCGCCAGAGGAUGUAUAAACGCGACCUCGCCAGUCGGAGCACCUCGAAUCUGCAAAAGAAAUAGCUCUAGCGUCAGCGUCGCUGCGGCGGCGGCUGAGAAUGUCAACCACGACGAUAUCGGACCCAUCCAAGAGUAUGACGCCAGAGUCGCCAGCGGAAGACUUCGCAACGACGAGCACCAGCGAGUCCUUCUUUGGUGGGCUUUUCAAAGGCGGCCAAGCGAAAUCUGCCAUCGGCGCCAUCUCCGAUACCCUCCCCGCGGGCUUUACCUCUACGGAGAUGUUGGCAGCGGCAAGACGAUGCUUAUGGAUCUGUUCUACGACACCCUUCCCAGCUCGAUCAAGACCAAGACGAGGAUCCACUUCCAUCACUUCAUGCAAGAUGUGCAUAAGCGCUCGCACAAGCUCAAACAAGAGCAUGGCAUCGACAUUGACACUAUACCCUUUAUCGCGGCGGACAUUGCUCAACAGGGAAGCGUGCUCUGUUUCGACGAGUUUCAAUGCACGGAUGUCGCAGACGCCAUGAUUCUAAGAAGACUUCUCGAAGCUCUCAUGUCUCAUGGUGUGGUAUUGGUCACGACGUCAAAUAGGCACCCCGACGAGCUCUACAAGAAUGGCGUUCAGCGAGAGUCAUUUGUCCCUGCCAUCAACUUGCUCAAGAGCCGACUUCACGUGAUCAAUCUCGACUCCCCGACAGAUUACCGCAAGAUCCCCGCCCUCCAUCGGAAAUGGUUCCGCUUCCUCGGUGACCCCGAGUCCCCGGAGCCACACCCCGAGGUUCAGACAGUCUGGGGCCGAAAAAUCUACAUCCCCAGGGUGAGCGGGACAUGCGCUUGGUUCACCUUUGACGAACUGAUUAGGCAACCUACGUCAGCCGCCGACUAUCUAGAGCUCAUGCGCAGUUAUGGGUCCUUUAUCAUCACCGACGUGCCGGGCAUGACUCUGAAGGAGCGUGACCUGGCGCGGCGCUUCAUCACAUUUAUCGACGCGGUUUACGAACGACAAGCCAAACUUGUCUUAACGACGGAGAAGCCGCUCACUGAGCUGUUUGUCUCGCGUGACGAGCUUGCGGAAUCAUUGAAAGAUGAAAAUGCGGAUAAUGGCGAGAGCGCAGACUCGAUGAUCAACCAUUUCAUUGAAGACCUCGGCCACAAUGUCGAGCAGCUCAAGUCCUCACCCUUAUUCACGGGUGAAGAGGAAGCCUUUGCUUUUGCCCGUGCGCUCUCCCGACUAAAGAAGGACGACUGGGCCAAGGUGCGGAGCCGGCGCAUGGAGGAUAGCAUGUAA